CGCCUUGUCAUCGCCUUCCCACAACAUAAACAUCUGGAAGCAAUCCAAAAUGGCCGCCACGACCAUGGCGGGGCUCGAAGCCCACACUAUGGAGGACAGAAAAUUCCAGUACUUUUCGUCCAUCAACUCCAUGGCCAGUAAGAUAAUGCAGGAGAGGGAGAAAAUCAAAAGCAAGCACGGUUCGAUGUGGGACAAAAUGUCGCCCCAGGAACAAGACAGCGCCAUUGACAACAGUAUCAUGGACCCCAACAUCCAGAGCCGAUAUGCGAUGCACAGAGUACACCGAGAAGAGGUGGUCUGUUACCCCAAACUGCUCAUACAGACAGGCCAGAAAAUUGUCCAUUUUGGGGAAGAGGAUAUUACAUGGCAGGAUGAACAUUCGGCUCCUUUCUCAUGGGAAACCAAGAGCCAGUUGGAAUUCAGCUUGACAUCAGGCACUGGUGACCAGGCCGUGUCAGUAUCCCAGGGGGACCUGAAAAUGGCAAAAAACCUGCACUCCAGCCAGAUCGGCAAGUGUACUGCCGGAACAAAGGUGUCGGUCAGUGAGAACAGGAGGCCUGAGGAGGAGUCUGCUUUCUGGAAGAUCAGCGCUGAGAGGUCCAGGCUGGAGGGGGAGCAAGCUGACUUCCAGUCGCUUACCCCCAGUCAGAUCAAAUCCUUGGAAAAAGGAGAGAAGCCACUGCCCUCGUAUCUGCGCCAGGAAACGUGUUUCCCCGCCAAAGAGCAGGAGGCGAUGGCUGACCCCCACCCUCCAGCUCCAUCCAGGGCUACCAAACAGAGAGCACCCAAGCCCCCAGCGCCGCACCCUCCUGUAUCAGCCCCUGCAGUUGUGAGCGCAACACCAGCGUCCAUCUCCAUCUCUCCGAGCCCCGCCCCUCCGGUCAGCGUCUUGUCGUCAGUAGCAGGCUGGGAGCGAUCUCAGAGCACACUGCCGGUCGUCGGCUACACCGUGGACGAGGUGUACCCCUCCAACAUCCUUUCCAAGUCCCCCACUCUCUCCAGCAGCGUCGAGAAGGAGAAAGAGCCCUCGCCCGGCAGUCCCGCCUUUUCCCAGUUCAACUCCAGCAACAACAUGAUGAAGACUGGGUUCGACUUCCUGGACAACUGGUAAGCAGCAGCUGAGAAGGGCCGCUGCGUAAAGGAUGCCAUCACCAUCAUCGCCACCACUUCGCUGCUCCACAUUGAGACAUCUGCAGUGGCUCGUAGAUUGUAAGCCUACCCUCGUUAGCUUUGAAUCCUUCUUGCCAAACCCUUCUUGCUUCUCAUCUUCAUGUAAUUCCUUUCCCUUUGUUAGCGCUCAAUCCCAAAUAGCUGGAUAGGCAAUCACAAAUUGCCAAAAUGUUCUUUCAAUAAUAGGAGAACUUCUUGGCACUUCUGUAGUAAAAUAAUAAACAAGCUCGCACACAAUCCCAACAGCAGCGAUAGUUUCUAUUUUAUUGGAAAUAAUUACUGCCAACUAGCCUGUUGUUGCUUGCUCGUCUGUCGCUACAAUAUCACUACACAAUAAAUACAAGUGGGGUUUUUUAUCGUAUUUGGUUACAUUAGAGAGUGAACAUAUUCAACAGCUCAGUGCAGAAACUACAUUCACAAUAUAAGCAUAUUGUUGGAUAAAUACAUCUUUCCAACAAAAGUCAGCAUUGUUAGCUGUGUAAUGGCAAAAUCAUGACUUUUUAAAGUUUUUCCUCGCAAUUUUUAAACAACUGGUAGCAUCAAAAACAUUUAAUAAUAACCGCAUAAACAACCAGCCGGCUUACAUUGCUAAUUCCAGUCCUUUUUGUGUUACAUUAUAUCCUAAGAUGUGUUUUAUUAAUCGGGUGCUUUGUGUAGCCUGCCACUUGUUAAGAAAUUGGUCAAAUGGUACCAAACAUACACAAGUCAUUAUGGCAUGUGUUUAUCUGCCUCUUUUUGUAUGUUUUUAAUUUAUCAUUUACCACCAGAUGUGUUAAUGGCUUUUUUAGGCAGUUAAUGCAUCAAAAUUGCCACUAGAUAACUAUUUUAUUGAAGUUUAUAUAUGAUAUAGAGAUUAUUCAGCUAGUUUACAAGUGUGCCCAUGUUGUACCCCAUUUUGAAGUCACACAGUACAAUAAAAUUAAGAAAAGUCCAA